CAUUCACCCACAGCCCGAGGUACAGACGAGAGACAACCUCUGGCCCCCUAGCAGCUGGCCAGCUUUGCAGCCCCAGUCUUGAGCCCCUAACUACCCUCCCCCCGCCCCCACCCCCUUCCCAAUUGAAGGAGCGGAAGGAGAAGAGAGAAGAGUGAGCAGAGAGAUUGAGAGAGAGAGAGAGAGAGAGAGAGAUAGACGGAGAUCUCUGGAGCCGACCUCAAGGUGACUUCCAUUUCUAUCUGGUCCACGUCUGGGGGGGCCCUGGCCGGGCAGCCCCCCCACAUCUCUCCUGCCCUGAAACACGGCUCUAGCCAACCUGCUCCGCUGCUUCACCUGCGACCGUCUGUGUGGGAGCUGCACAGCACCAGCCCCUCCCGCCCGCCAGGGCAUUGUCCUCCAGCCCGUCAUGCCCAGCUGCGACCCUGGCCCGGCCCCUGCCUGCCUCCCCACCAAGACUUUCCGCAGCUACCUGCCCCGCUGCCACCGCACCUACAGCUGCGUCCACUGCCGUGCACACCUGGCCAAACACGAUGAGCUUAUUUCCAAGUCCUUCCAAGGGAGCCACGGCCGAGCCUACCUGUUUAACUCCGUGGUCAACGUGGGCUGUGGGCCCGCUGAACAGCGUCUCCUGCUCACGGGGCUCCACUCGGUAGCUGAUAUUUUCUGCGAGAGCUGCAAAACCACCCUCGGCUGGAAAUAUGAACAAGCUUUUGAGACGAGCCAGAAGUACAAGGAAGGGAAGUACAUCAUUGAAAUGUCACACAUGGUGAAGGACAACGGCUGGGACUGAGGGGCUCCGGCAGGCUGUGCCCUUCCUCCGCAUGCCCCACCCUCCCUACCCCUGUCCCCGGGCCCUGCCAAGCGUCCAUACCAGCAUGAGUACUGCCCCACCCCUGGGGGGAAUCCCGGCUCCCACCAACCCCUCCCCCGCCUCCACCUCAUCACUCCCAGGCCCCUUUGGAACGGGGGUCUGGGGUACCCCAGGGGUGCUGAAGGCUCAGGAGUGGGCAGCAGCCAGGGAGACAGACUGGGGGAAAGGGCUGGCUGUGGGGCCUUCUAGCCCCAAGGUCCUGAAAAUUGAGGGGAUGGCGGGGCGUAGACUCAGGCAGAGAGGACCACGGGAAGAAUCAGUGUUUGCUCCACCUCUGUGAAUGAACAGAGGACCAACUCUGUGUCAUGGGACUGGUAGAUCCUAGGCCACAGAAUAGCGGAUGGGAAAAGGCUCGAGAUGGAGUGAAAUUUUGGCCUCAGACACCGGGAGAUACCAGAGUCUCUAAGGGUGAAGUUUCCCACCCCCGUUUGUAGAAGCAAGGAUUCGUUGGGGGUGGAAAUCCCAAAUCCCAGGCCCUGGGUACUAAUAAAAGAAUCACAGGGGUUUCCAUUUCACUCCACUUGUUUAUCUUGGCACUAAAGAGGCACUUUCGAGCAUCUGACCUUUGGGCGCGGUAGAGAGAGUUGCCCUGGAACAGCCUCACCCCCAGCUGGCACAUUCCAGAGCAAGCAGUCUUUGUGGGCGCUCUCCGAGGCCCAGCCACUGCUCCCUGGGACCCAGUCCCUUGGGGGGAAGGCAGGAAAUCAGUGCUACGGGGCCAGGCUUCCUCGUGGCUGCCACCAGCGGACGAAACUUUUGUAUGAUACAUAAAGUGUUUGGGUCUAUUUUUAAUAAAAAGGGGAAA